AUACAUACUUACUUAAUAAGAAGAUUUCCCUAGGAGUGAGAUUAAUUAAAUAUCAUUCGAUCGAUCGAUCUACGAUCUACUAUCAGUGAGUGAGUGAAGGAAGGAAGGAAUGAAGAAUAUGGGCGGCGGCGAUCUCAAGUCUUUCGUCCAAGUUCACCCUGACUCCCAUUUUCCUAUUCAAAACCUACCCUUCGGCGUUUUUAAGUCCCAAUCUUCUUCUUCUUCUUCCAACCCUAGACCCGCCGUUGCCAUUGGCGACUUCGUAUUGGACCUCUCCGUCAUUUCUUCUGCCGGCCUCUUCAAUGGCCCUCUUCUCACAAACUCAGACUGCUUCAAUCAGCCUAACCUCAACAAGUUGUUGUCUAUGGGACGUCCAGCAUGGAGAGAAGCUCGGGAUACAAUUCAAAACCUUUUAUCCUCAACAGAGCCAACAUUACGUGAUAAUGCAAUCUUGAAGAAGGAAGCACUUGUUCCCAUGGACAAGGUACAAAUGCUUCUUCCAACUGCAAUUGGGGACUAUACAGAUUUCUUUUCAUCUAUGCAUCAUGCCAAAAAUUGUGGCACCAUCUUCCGUGGACCAGAAAACCCAAUUCCAGCUAACUGGUUCCACCUUCCUAUUGCAUAUCAUGGAAGAGCCUCUUCAAUUGUUAUAUCUGGUACUGAUAUUGUAAGACCAAGAGGACAAGCCUAUCCAAGUGGUAGUAAUUCUCCACCUUAUUUUGGACCGUCGUUAAAGCUGGAUUUUGAGCUGGAAAUGGGUGCUGUAGUUGGACCAGGAAAUGAGUUAGGUAAUCCCAUAGAUGUCAAUGAGGCUGCAGAUCAUAUAUUUGGACUGGUUUUGAUGAAUGACUGGAGUGCUAGAGAUAUUCAAGCAUGGGAAUAUGUCCCACUUGGCCCUUUUCUUGGGAAAAGUUUUGGUACGACAAUAUCUCCAUGGAUUGUUACCUUGGAGGCCCUUGAACACUUUUCUUGUGACGCCCCUGAACAGAUCCCUCAACCUUUGCCAUAUCUGGCUGAAAAGAUUUCCAAGAACUAUGACAUUUCAUUGGAGGUGCGGAUCAAACCAGCUGGGCAAGAGGAGUCUCAUGUGGUUACAAGAAGCAACUUGAAGCACCUAUAUUGGACUCUGAGUCAACAGGUAGCCCACCAUACGAUUAACGGUUGCAACUUGAGGCCCGGAGAUCUCCUUGGCACUGGGACAAUCAGUGGACCUGAUCCAGAAUCUAUGGGAUGUUUGCUGGAGUUAACAUGGAACGGGCAGAAGCAACUGUGUUUGGGAGGAACUGAACGCAAGUUCUUGGAAGAUGGAGAUGAAGUCAUUUUCACUGGAUGUUGCAAGGGGAAUGGAUACAAUGUGGGCUUCGGGACAUGCUCAGGGAAGAUUCAUCCCUCCACCAAAUUAACCUAGGUAGGUACCUGCUGCUGCUGCUGCUGCUGCUGGGAGUCAUAUGUGGGUUUUUCUUUAUUGUGGUGUGUAAAAAUAAAAGUUAAUGCAAAUAUACUCAACUCUAGCUAGAGUAAUAUUUGGUAUGUUGUUGAUGUAUUAUUAUUGCACGACUCUAAAACAUUUUACAAGGAUAAAUAAAUGUUGGUUUUUAAUUU